ACUGCCAAUUCAGCGUCACARUUCGAGCACGUACAUACCAUCAUCCACAGUAAAAAUGGUUCUCUMCAUGGACAGAUGGGUGGGCAAAGUGGCAAUAGUCACUGGUGCAAGUUCUGGAAUCGGUGCUGCGAUUGCUGAUGCCUUGGUCGAAAAUGGCCUAAUUGUUGCUGGACUCGCACGUCGCUCUGAAGUGAUCGAAGAACGUGCCAAAAAACUCAAUGGCAAAAAAGGAAAACUCCACGCUGUCAAAACCGACAURAGUAAAGAAGACGAAAUUGUCAAAGCAUUCAAAUGGGUUGAAGACAAUCUUGGGCAUGUCCACAUCUUGAUCAACAAUGCCGGAGUUUCUAAAGAAAAUUUCUUAGCAAAUGGAGAUGCUGAGUCGUGGAGAAACACCUUCGAUGUUAAUGUCAUGGSAUUGUGCAUUGCCACAAGAGAAGCUGUGAAAUCAAUGACAGCAAAUGACAUAAACGGGCAUAUUAUUCACAUUAAUAGCRUUGCAGGGCAUAAAGUUSYGAAUUUWCCCGGGAUUAAUGUCUACACAGCGAGCAAACAUGCAGUUACCGCUUUGGCUGAGACUCUAAGACAUGAGUUUUUAGCUCUAGGGUCGAAAAUUAAAAUUACUAGCAUCAGUCCCGGAUUAGUCACAAGCGAAAUGACAACUCUCAACACGGGAUAUUCUCCCGAACGACAGGAAAUGAUGAAAAGUCUACCAAUCCUGAAACCUGAAGACAUUGCAGAUGCCGUUUGCUACGCACUAUCCACGCCUGAAACGGUUCAGAUCAACGAACUGACGAUUACUCCAGUCGGCGAGAAAUUCUAAAAAUUGGUAAAACAUUCACAAGUGAAUAAAGCAAAAAUUGGAAAAA